AUGUCCUGCUCAAAGCAAAUAGGCACACCUUUAUACAACAACAAUGGAUUCAAAAGAAAACAAAAAAAUCUAGACCAAAUUGCUGAGCUGUUAGAGAAUAACCCUAGAGCCGAAGUCCUGCUCAAAGCAAUUGGGCACACCUUCAUACAGCUUGAAAAAAAAUAUCCAAACCCAAUUGCCAAGCCGUUAGAGUAUAACCCUAGAGCCGAUGUCCUGCUCAAGGCAAUUGGGCAUACCUUCGUAUUGCUUGUAUUUACAGCAAGUAUUCACAACAAUGAAUUCAGGAAAAAAAUACCAUAG